AUGGAUAAAGAGCUGUACAGCUUAGUUUUGGGGUAUAGAGAAUGCCUUGAAAAGAUAUCUGAACUUAAUUCCGAAACUGUAAGAGAGAAUGUGGACUUACGAAGGUCAUCAAUAGAGCAACAACUGACAGUAAAUAAAAAGCUGGAUGAAAUCAUCGGUAAACUGAAGUUGGACAAUGAUAAAGUAUUAAAUAAGCAACUAAUGGACGCUGAAGCAGCAAAAUUGGGUGUUCAAGUUUACCUCGACAAUGUAAUAUGGAAACUUUUUUCUCGAACAGAAUUAUUGAACAACGCACUUCUGUUCAACAACGAUUUAAACAGGAUUAAUGACAAAAAAUGCUUGAUGAAGUUGAUGGAAACCUUCAUUCAUAUAGAUAGAGAAACACAAACAAAUUUUUUUUUGGCAGAUUUGCAUAGUUGGAUGCUUCAUGUUAGUGCUAUUUAUUUGCGGCUCUGUACAACAGAUGAGAAAAAGUAUAUAGUAGAAUUAUUAUCAAAAACAACUCAUAUAGCGGACUGGGCAAUGCCUAUGAUACAGUUCAAAAUGGAAAAAAUGUCGAAAGCAGACGAUUAUGUUGCCAUUUUAAAAUUAGUACUUUCCAACUCUCAUUCCGAUCCACUUAUGGAAGACAAUAGACUUCAUUGGACAGAGGAUGAUUAUUUAGCUGUUAUCGAGCAACUAGCCAUUGACUACAAUCUUCUCAAUGUGAUUGACAAUCUACCAUCUGAUAUCAACCCUCAAAUGCUGUUUAUUCUAUGCCAGAAGCUAGCAGAUGCACUCAUGACAGCCAUUCAACUCUUGAAACCGAUGAAAAUGCUUGCUAAACGCUUAUCUCAAAUACAACAUAUCGAUCUUUUCAUCAGUCAACUUGUGAAAGGUUUUUAUGAUAUGGAAGGCGGCAGUGGGUGGUCAUUUCUCGCAAACAUCAAAUAUGACGCACUAUCUAUCAACGCAUUAUGGGAUAUCACCUUACAUAUGCUGCAUAUCAACACCAAUAUAAUACCUUCUGCUACCAGCGAUGUAUUAAACGAUAACCUACCAAGUACCACCCGAUUUCAAUAUGAACUGCAAGAAAAUCAAACACAAGGGUACUUUUUACUCAACUGCCAGCAACAGCAACCAACUCCAAUAUUAUUUGCGCGAUAUAUUCUCGAGCAUCUGAAUUAUGGGUUACGUGAUGAUACCGUGGAAUCUUCGGAUAUUUCGAAGGCACAACCGUGGUACGAUCGAAAGAUGCCUUUUUUGACUUAUGACAUUCAUGAGGAAAUUGCUUCCAUCCUUUUAGAUGCUUGUCAACAAUAUCUGCCUUUGCCAGACAGCAUGAGCAACGAUGAGACCAAAAAUGAUGGGAAUAGUGUUAGUAAUAAGAGAGUAGAAAACUCUUCUUCCCGAAACUCUUCUGUCAAUGCUCCUGAAUUUAUUGACUGGGCAUGGACAAUUGUCAUGCAGCUCAAACUUUUUGACUGUCCUUCUUCACCACGCGCGAAUGAUAUGGAGGCGACAAUUGAUAUAUCUUUCUUACGUCAAGUGCUCAACCACCCUCAUCCAGCAACCGCUUCUCACGGUGCAUUGUUGAUUUACAUCUCUUUUAUGUUGUCUACUACCAGUCGUCAUUUCUUGCGAUUUGAGACAGCACAUGGAUGGAUGAAGUUAUUAGUUCUCUUGAGGCGCAGCAAUAAGCCUGAAGUUUUAAUCCAAAUACUAAGCGAAAUAAUUCCAUCAUUCGUCUAUAUGCACGGUGAUGACUUUUUCAACGAUGAAAGUUGGAAUGAUCUUCUGAAACAAAUGAUAUUUGGUGACAAUACAACAGGUAUAGGGUUCAUCAUGUUUUCAAAUUUCUGGCAUGCUCAUUUGAUCGACUCUGUUAGUCACUUACUUGAUGAAAAGGGGAAAGGGUUCUCGUAUGUCGAUUUGGUUAUGCACUCCUGGCUAAAGUCCAUCUUUAAACGCCAUGAUUGGAUGUGGCAUCAAGCCUAUGUCGGUAUGAUGGAUACAUUAUGUCAGACAGCUUGGACACUCCGCAAUAAAAAUAGAUUAGUGCACCAUAUGUUAUUGGAAGAGUACAAGCGCAUUCAGAAAGCCAAAGAACAAUAUAAUGCAAACUCGCCCAGAUUGUCUAGGAUGCUGAAAAAUAUGGUUAUACCGGAAGAUGCAGUGGCCACUUUGAUCAUUGGGGAAUGGUCCGUGUUGCGAACCACAAACACAUUUAAUAAGUCGACACCAGGCAUUGAAAAUCGAUUAUUCUGGUUUGCAUUUGAAGCAUUGAUGGUGGAAACAACUGCCGAGCAAAGUUUACGAGAAGAAAUAGCAGAACAAACAGCCAGUCAUGCGAAGAAACCCAUAGAAUAUUUUGCUAUUUAUCGCUGGUUACAGCAUAUAUUGAUUAUGCCCUUUGACCAUCCUUUGCUUCCUUUAUACCUUCAGAUGUUUUUCAGUCUCUAUUAUCAGGCGAUUGUGGAAAGCGGAAACAUCAGUAUAUCCGGCGGCACUUUGUUUUUUGAGAAGAAGCAAGACUUGAUUCAAAAGCUGCAAAAUUACAUUGCAAAUCUACAAACUUAUCACGGCCAGAAGCUGACAACAACAUAUAAUAGUAGUGAUAAUACUGCAUCACUUUACGUAGAAACGCUGCAGCAACUGUACUACGCUAUGUGGCUUUGGUUAGGCAACGCUGAGUUAACAGAGUUAAAAGCUGAUUUUCAUGACUUGCCUACUCUUUAUGAUCCUCCUCGCUUAGGAAAAAUCUAUGCUAGAAAAGAGCAAGAGCAGCCUUGGGUUACUAAUGAGGUUUGGCUAGAUGUCAUUGAUCUGAAUUAUCUGGAACGAACAUUCUUAGCUUUUCCCUGGGCUGGGGCUAGUAAAUUCAACAAAAAAAGGGACGAAAAAGAGCUGUGCCAGCAAAGCUUGAGAAGCAAAAGUAGCAGUGCAAAUAUUGUAGCGUCAUCCGCUUCUUCAUUAUCCAUUCCUACUUCAACAACAACACGUCGCGGUGUGAGAAUUUUAACAGACGAAUCUGUUAUUAAACCUUUGCCUCCUCUAUGUAUAAAUGAGCCUACGACGACAAGUACAGGUUCAAUAAGUAAAAGAUUAAAAAAAUAA